AUGGACCAUGUAUCUCUCCUUAUCGCCAUUCUCCAGCUUUGUGGUGCUUUACCCAACGCAGAAGGAAAGCUUGUGGAUUCAGCUGUAAAAUUUACUGAGAAGGUGAAACUGGAAUGCAUAUAUCCAAAAAAAGCCGUGAUAAUCAAAACAUCCUGGAUGAAAUUUAACGUAACUCAUGAAGAAAAUGUAGCUGUCUUGCAUCCAAUCUAUGGCAUACAUAUGGAAGACAAAUACAAUGGAAUAAUUUAUUUUAAAAGCGCUUCCAGGGAAGACAAGUCCUUAUCCUUCAUCAAGAGCACUUUGGAGGAUGUUGGUCUUUAUUUUUGCUCCAUUGUGACUUACCCAGAUGGAAUUUGGGAAAAGGUAAUAAAAAUUAUUCAUCCAUUGGAUGCUUUUGAAGUAUCUGAGAAACAAAAUAAUCACAUGUUUACCAACCCAGGAGGAAAUGUCACUUUUACUUGCCCUUAUAAAAUUGGAGAUUCUGUGCAGCAAGUGUUGUGGGAAAGGAUUAAAGCAGAUCAGGUAGAUAUUGUUGUUCUGUGUGGCUCAUCAGGAUAGCAAAGCUUUGGUUCAGAUUUCAAAGAGCAUACACUGGUGGAUUGCUCUGAUCGGGCAAACUCCAUGUUUGUCAUUCAAAACAUUACUGCCUCUGACUUUGCAACGUACCACUGUGUAGCUACUAGAAGAAACAAAACGUAUGAUGUGAUGAGUUUUACUGUGGCUGCGACUUGGGAUCACAAAUGGUUUAUUAUCUACAUAGCUGGAGGAAUUUCUGCUUCUGUCUCACUGUUAGUUUUCCUACUGAUCUUCUGCAUCAGUGCUUAUCAGAAAAAUUAUGGAAGAUCCAAUUUUCAUGGCACAUGGAACACAGAAAGAAGAGGAGAAGAAUCAUCACUGAGGCAGACAGAGGAGAUUUAUGUCAACUGCAAAAAUGUCUCACACAAACCUAAGAAAAGACCAUUAGAUUCCUUCUUAAGAAUGAAUGCUGACGCUGCGUCUCAAUUCGGCAACAUUUUAGCAACUCCAGCAGAAAUCAGUGGGCUGCGGCAAGGACCUAAAAACGUUACUGGUGAAGACAGGCUGGCCUGCUGGUGGAGACGGGUAGAAAGGCCCCGAUGUCGAAUGUGCCGUUGCGACGGAGCCCAAGAACAAGCCUUCUCCGGUCAUGCAGAAACCUUCACACCACCAGUUUCAUUUGUUUCCACCACUUUCGCACAACAUGAACGUGUCCCCUUCCCCACCCCCCACCCCCAUCCUUUCUGA